CUCCACUGGAUCACACCCCACCUCUUUCCCUAUAUAUGUAACACACUAAAUCCACCACGAAUCUCUCUCACGGGAUUUUAACAACAAUGGCUGAUCGCACGAACGCUCUCGUCUUCUCUCUCCUCCUCAUCGUCUCCUUCUCCACGAUCGGCUUUUCUCAGGAUCAGGUAGAUUGUGUGUACACGGUGUACGUCCGAACCGGGUCGAUCAUCAAGGGAGGAACCGACUCCAUCAUCAGCCUCACACUCUACGACGCCUACGGCUACGGUGUUCGGAUCCCGAAUCUGGAGGCGUGGGGCGGGUUGAUGGGACCCGGCUACAACUACUUCGAGAGGGGCAAUCUCGACAUUUUCAGCGGCCGUGGCCCCUGCCUCACAGCCCCCGUCUGCGCCAUGAAUCUCACCUCCGACGGGUCGGGGCCCCACCACGGCUGGUACUGCAACUACGUCGAGGUCACCACAACUGGAGUCCACACUCCCUGUGCCCAGAAGCAGUUCACCGUCGAGCAGUGGCUCGCCCGUGAUGCGGCGCCGUUUGAACUCACGGCUAUUCGUAAUGAAUGCCCGUCCGAUGUUAUGGGGCUCCGCGAUCCUGUGGAGUCCGGACCCGUUGGAUCGGUCUCCGAUUCUUAAUGAGAGAGCCUUGAUUAUGGGUGGAUUUUUGUCGGGUCGGGCCGAUUAAUAAGUUAAUUAAGGUGGUAAUGAUGAGUAUUAGUACUGUAAGUAUUGUUGUGGUGAGUGAACGUUCCUACUUGGAGUCAAUACGCAGAUGAUGUUGUUUGGUUGUGGAGAUUCGGAUCCGGAGACGGUAUCCAAUUUGAGAGUAAAUUAUUAGCACAACGAACAUUUUGUCUUUCUUAUCAUCAAUGCUUAUUUAUUGGGUAUUGAUGGUACAAUAUAAUGUGUUUGAAUAACAUAAAGUUUAUUUCAUAUUAAA